AUGGUUAAUAGACCUAAAAGUAGACGUAAAGUAUCUAAUCAGGAUUCCACAGAUUCUGGACCAAAAGAACUGACAUCUUGUGAUAACCCUUUGCUAAUUCAAGGCUAUAAUUUGUUUGAUAACCAAUACAAGGAAAAUACAAUACAUAACCGAAUUUGUCAUAGUAUAAAGGAAAGUUUAGAUAGCAUUUCAGACCCACUUUCAUGUAAUGUGAUCUUCCAAAUAGGAAAAUUGAUGAGCGUAGUUAAAUCAAGAAGUAUAGUUUUACCAAUAGAAACUGAAGCGGUUUUAGAUUUUGACUCAAAUAAGGUAAAAUUUGUUCCAAAUGUGUCAAAACAGUGUUUAGACUCAUUGUAUUUGAACAUCUUCGUGAGUAGAUCAGACUAUAGUAAAUUGGUUCAAAACAAUGAUUAUUUAGAAGUUGAACUGGUAUAUAAUACGAAAACAUGUAAUUCAGAGUCUAGAAAUAGUAACAAAGAAGGAUUUUGCCACUCAAUUAUAUACAGAAUCCCCUUUGUGUUUAAUGAGCAGUUGAACUUCAAUGAUUUAAAACAAUAUACAUACAACUAUUUGGAUAGUAUAAUAGUGUAUAGACCACAGUCAAAUUAUCAUUUUAAGGUCCAGACUAACUGUAUAAUAUCAGUUGAUGGUAACACUAAAGAAAGUAGAGGAUCAGUAAUGAAGAUGUUAUUUCGACAUUUGAGAACAUAUAACUCCAGUAAACUGGAGAAUGUAAAGUUCAUCAAGUUUAACCUUGAGGUUGUAGAUGAGUGGGAUAUUCCCAUUAAUGAUGAGCUUUGUAAUCUUGAAAUCCUCGAAGUUAUUAAAGCCUGCUAUGAGACUUUUAUCGCCACUAAUAACUCCAACUCAUAUCCGUUCAUAGACCUUGACAAUUCUGAAGAGUCCAAGGUUAAGAUUAUACAAAUCUCAACUGAUUCCUCAAAAAUUAGUAACAACUCACAACUUUACAGACAGUAUAAAAGAUUAAUAGAAUAUAAACCCAACAGGUUCAAUUACAUAGUCUCACUUUUGGAAUCUAACACUCGAAUGUUACUUGAUCUCUUUGAUAGAACAUUAUUUGACGGAACUGGAUUAGGAAAAGAGUUGGAUGAUAGAAAAUUUGAUGGAAUGGAUUACUAUCCAAAUUUAUUUGGAGAUACAGCAGAGUUCGCUCAGAUCCAUUAUGAUACUAGGAAAGUAAUAAGACAACAAGAAUCAGCAAUAGAGGCUUUGAGGAAGUAUAAUAACUUGGUGAAAAGAGUUUUGAUUUUGUGUAAUAUUAAGAAAAACACCUCAGUUUUGGAGUUGGCAUGCGGCCACGCCCAGGACUUGGAUAAAUAUAACACCAAAAGGAUAAGAAAACUGAUGGGAAUUGAUAUAUCAAUGAGAGAAAUUAACGAGGCCAGAAGGAGAUACGGUCAGAGGAAGAGAACACUUUCGUUUAACGCAGAGUUCCACCAUGGAAACCUUCUUGACCCGAAAAUCUACUCAAUGUUCAUCAAAAACAAUACUUUUGACGUGGUUUCAAUACAGCUCGCAAUUCAUUACAUACUCGACACUGAAGCCUCAACGAACUUUAUACUCGAAAAAAUAUACAACUCUCUAAAUGAAGGAGGACUUUUUAUCGGCUCCACCAUUUGCUGUGACCAACUUUCAAAAGAGUUAGCAUCCAACAUAAACAAAUCUGUCAAUAACACAGAGGUUUGGGAGUUUGGAAAUCCGAUAUUUAAGAUAACAUUGGACGAGAAAUCAGUACAGGAGAUAAAAAAUUCAUCAGAAAACCUAAAUUAUACAGAGAUUAAAGAGGUUUUAAACAGUAGUUGGGGACUUAAAUAUCAUUUCUUUUUGAUGGAAUCUAUAGACGAAAGCGAAUAUGUAGUUCCAUGGCGUAAAUUUGUGGAUAUGUGUAACAGAAUUGGGUUAAAACUUGUGGAAUCAUAUACAUUUCCGGAGUAUUUGGACAAAUAUAGGACAUUAAUUGAGAAUAAAAGGCUAGAAUUGCCUCAAAAUGUGUACGAGAACAUGGAUUACCAUUUCAAGAAUAUCUCGAAUUAUUCAUUCUCAAAUGAUCAAAUGAGAGUGUUUUCAUUAUAUAAAAUAUUCGUUUUUGAAAAAAUCACAGGAAGAGAUAAGUUAUACAUCCAGGGUGUGAAAAUCAAAAGAAAUUGA